AAAAACAUUCAAACACACACCCUACAGCUCAUGGGUUGGGACAGCAAAAAGUCACCAUUUACAUCAUCAAAUCUUGCCUCUGUGAAGGAAGUGGAACACUUUGCAGUUACAGGUACAGGAGGGCCUACGACUGAAGACUUCUGUGUGGACCUCAAAGUCAGUCUUUCGUCUGCUUGGAACAAGCGUGCUGCUGUUGUGUUCCGCAAGGAUUUUAUCGAAUCAGGAAGCUACAAUACAACAGAUUCCAAUGAUAUCGAGGCAACAUUUUUGAUCCACCUGAAGAGUCUCAGAACGCAAAUGGAACAGCUAGAUAAGGGAGACGAUGGGAAUGAUGGGGAGUGCGAUAGUGGAGGCGAAGACAUGUCUAGGCGACCCAACAAAAGCGCCAAUGCCCGGCAACAGCACCGAUAUGGUCUUUCAGUGCGCCGUACCAAUGUUGCCAAAGCCUUCAAAGAUUUGGAACACUUCUUGCCCUUCCUUCGGCGCCUAACCUUUGAGGCGCAUAGCGGGGACGAAAGCGAAGUAGAUGGAUACGGAAUCAUUGGUAUUCCUUGGAGAGCCCCGGGACUGACUAGAUUCUUCUGUAUCAUCGACCGAUGUCACAUAUCAACUCAUUUCAAAAGUAAUGGUCGUCCAACACAAGGCGCAUUCCCUCGAUUUCGAUUUCCUACCUGUCGUGUGGAGGCUGAUGCGGAAGUCAUCAAGGGUCUUCCAGCGAAUUGUUAUAAUUCGGUCUGGCUUGAGACGCUCGACGAGGAUGAAAUAGAUGCUCUCAACAUGCAGCCUGUCAUUGAUCUGAAACACACACCAGCCAUUCUUCAGUGA